AUGUUGGUAUUGUUAAGUGGUGAUGUUGCUGUUGUCGCUGCUAGCACUACUGUCCUCACCUUUGUUAGUUCUGCAGUCAAGCAAGCGGCCGCUGGUCGGGCUCUAUCUGCUUUGCGCUCCUCAGCCAACGCCUUGUCUCCUGCGCUAGGUUGCGGUUGGCGAGAUGCUCUAGCUAUCCUCAGCCUGCGCGUCUAUGACCUGCGCUUGACCUUUAAGCGCCUCUUGCGUCGCCUUGUAUUCUUCCAGCUCGGCCCAGACUUUGCCUACGUCUACAACAAAGUAUUCGCGUCCUGGUUGAUGCUAAUAUACUCGCACCCCCCCUUAGUGCAUUGUAACGCUGCUAGCGGCCUCCUAAGCUCUUCUAACGCGGGACUCCUAGCCGGAGGGAGCUGCACUUGGGACACAGUGGUAUUUAAUAAGAUGUCUGUCAAGACUCUAGAUGCCCGUGUGAUGUUCAAGACAGACCAGCACUCUGUACCUAGGCAGGAACUGAAAGCAGUCCGCUACAUUGUCUGCUGUAACCCCUUGUUGGGUGGUAGCGCGGCGCGAACUGCAGAGCGUGUGCGCGAACUGUGCGCGAACUGUGCGCGAACUCCAGAGCGUGCACGCGAACCGCAGAGCCUUGUACCGCAAUUUGCUGCAUUUUGCUGCAGUAUACCGCAAUUUGCUGCAAUUUGCUGCAGUGUACCGCAAUUUGCUGCAAUUUGCUACAUCUAUGCCAGUGCGCGCAUCCUGCAAAGGAAAACCUACAAUUAA